CUCUACGGGGAUGACACCACUGGUAAGCAAGAAGAUGGACCAAUUGCUGGACAUGCAGAAUCUUCUCAUCCUUUGCAAGAUGCCCCUCAGGAGAGCCGGUCUGUCAGCAACGAAGACCGGGAGAUGUCCCAGCACGCCCUUCCAAGUGGUGAGGAUGACGAGGAAGACAGCGAUAGUGACAGUGAUGAUGAUGACGUGAAAGUUACCAUUGGCAACAUUAAAACAGGAGCACCAUCCUACAUGGGGACUCCAAUGAAUCUAAACCUAAAAACGGGUAGAGGCUAUGGAGCAUCUGCUUCAGCCAAGUUGCAGCCCAAAGGUAUUGAUUUGGAUGCCCCAGGGAAUAUAAAUGGAUUGCCUGUUAUAGAAGUGGAUUUAGAUUCAUUUGAAGACAAACCAUGGAGGAAACCAGGUGCUGACCUUUCUGAUUACUUUAAUUAUGGAUUCAAUGAAGAAACUUGGAAAGCUUAUUGUGAGAAACAGCGACGACUUCAGCUUGGAUUGGACCCCUCCCCUCCUAUCAGCACAGAGAAUAAGAUCACGGUUCAGCAAGGAAGGACAGGAAAUGCAGAGAAGGAAGUGGAGAACAGCAUCAUCAAAACGGAAUUCAAAACCGACUUUGUGGCUCUCGUGGGAGGGCGCAUGAAGGCUGGGCCUCCCCCAAACAGGAAGCUGGGUGGGACGAUCGACGUGAUUGGUGGACAGGCAGGUACAAUUAGGAGAGUAGAAGGAAGACGUCGUGAUAAACAUGCCUCGGAGGAAAAUCCCAUUCAGGUCCUUGGAGAUCAUGGAAAUAAGCCACAACCCCCGCAGCAGCCCCAGCAACCAUCACAGCCCCAGCAGCCACCCCAGCAGCAGCCAUUUGCACCACCAGCAGGCCCCCCACCACCUCCACUUGCUGGACCACCUCCACCACACUUUCUGCACCCUCCUCCUCCAGUUACUUCUGUCCCUCCACCCCUGCACCCUCCAGGUUUGCCACCACCAGGUCCCAUUCCAGGGUUGUUUCCUCCCCCACUGGCUCCUCCACCAGCCCUCCUCAUUCCAACACUCGAUGGUCAGCCAGCCAGCUACAAUAACAGGCAACCACCUCCAUUUGGCUACAACUCUGCAGAUUCUGGUUUCAUCAGCUAUCCACCCAUCUCAACGUCCCACACACCCUGGGUGACAACAGUGGACAAGGGCACAAGCAGUUCCAGCAGCAGCCACUGGGAGUACUCGGGCUCAAGACGUGAGAGGGAAAGGGAGCGUGAACGCGAGAGAGAGCGGGAGAGAGACCGUGACAGGACUCCGACCACAAGUGAAUACAACAAUGAUGACGAACGAUAUCGCUACUACAGUCGAGAGCGGAGCUAUGACUUUGAGCGGGAUUACCGUCGCAGCCGAGACCGCAGCCGGGAGCGGGAGGAUCGCCAUCGCGAGCGCCGGCACCGAGAUAAGGAGGAGAGCAGCAAACACAAGUCUUCAAGACGUAAGCAGCAUGAGAGCGAAGAGGGUGAAAGUCACCGGCGCCACAAGCACAAAAAGAACAAGCGUAGCAAAGAGGAGAAGGAGACCAGUGAAGAUGGUGCCCCAGAGGGGGACGAACAGGAUGCCAAGGAGUAGAAGACCCACGGCCGGCCGUCGGGAGGGACUUGCUCCUCUGUCACCAGUGUGGUGUCUGCAUUGUUUUUUUACUAUAUUCCGAGGGAAGCAGCGAGGACUCUCGCCAGCUAUUGAAGCAUGUCAUGACAACUCGAGCCUUCGAGCACAUGCAGUUAGACUUUUUUGAUAUGGGACAAAAGUACGGCAGUAAUAGCAUACGAAGCACUGAGCUACUCUACUUGUCAAUGUUCUUUCAUCGUAUCAGAUCCUAUGGUUUCUGAUGGAAGAUGGCUUCAGCUGAAACUAACGCAUUUAUGUGAUAGGCUUUUUUCUUUUCUUGCAACCAUCGUUCCUUUUUUAAGACGUAGGACAGUAACUGCAACUUGAAACUUCUUGUCCAAAGAAAAGUGUGAUUUUUAGGUCCUCUUGAGAGUCAGCUUAGAGUCUGGCUUCUAUUAGUAAAGUCCCAUCCCCCGAGUCAAUUUCUUUAUAGCUACUAAAGUAUCUAUAAUUUCUUUGUGGCAGGAUUGGCAGCAUGCGGGGAGGAACUACUUCAUUGGUUGGUUAGUUUGAACCUGCUUUUGUCUAAUGGCUCUUAAAAGCUGUUAGGUGUGUUUACAAAGGGCAUUCAAAGACUUCAAAUCUAGCUUCUUUUUUUCUUUUUUCUUUUUUUUUAAGUCCAUUGCAAGCCUAGUUCUACCAUGUCACACCUGUAAAUGGGAAGUCCCAUUCUGUGGAAGACUGUAGUGAGAGCAUGAGUUUCUUUUUGAUUAGAAUUGAUUAACUUCACCUAUUUUUUGGGGGGGGGUGGGGGAGAGGGGUAACAAUUUAAGAUGACUUACCUAGCACGUUAGGGAACAUGAAGCCUCAUCCAGCAGUUUGCCAUUGUUGGAUUGGCUUACAUAUAUUCAGACAUCACCAACACUCCUGUGCAAUGUAUCUUCCCCCUCCUCCCCGCACCAUAGAUUUCAGAAUAAAUGCAGUCAAAUUCCACAUUUGGUUUUGAUUUAGUUUUUUGGGGGUCUUUUUAAAUAGAAAAAAAUUUCAGUGGAAAAGGGGUGGGACUCUGGGGUUUUUUUGGUACAUCUUAUUAAACAGAACACUGCACUUCUGUUUGUGUGAAUUGCAGGCAUUUCAUUUUUAAGUACCUUCCAUUUGUAUUGACUGUUAUUUAAGAGCGUCUACAAUCCCUUCCUCAAAAUAAGCUAGUUCUGAAAUUUUACAUUUUUUUUGUAUCGUAUUCAUGCAAGUCUGAGUACUGUGCAAAGCUUACAACCUUUGAAACGUGAGCCAGUAGAGCAUUGUGAUAUUGGUUUAUAUACUAUGACCAUGCAUUUGAUGGGUCAAUAAGUACAAAACCUACAAGGAGGAGAAUAAAGCAAUUUUUUGGUAAA